AUGGCGGCUGGUUUUGGAAUUCGACACUACUUGUUUAUGUUUUUUCUUCUUUCAAUUAUAUUUUGUAUUUCAGCACGAAAUUCCAUUUCAAUCUCAGGUGACAAGAUGACAAUGUUACAAGUGCAGAUCAGGAGGUCACUACUUUCAGUGCAGCUAGAGGAUUAUGGUGCACCCUCUGCGAACCGCAAUCACUAUCCUGGCAAACCGAUCUUCAAUCGUGGACGUGGACGUGGUCAUAAAAACAGAUCGUGACUAGGUCAUGACCUGAACUAUAAUAUAUAAUUAGUACUACUUGUAUCUUAACUA